ACCAAGCCCUGCCUAUCAGACUGAAGGUGGGCAGGGCUAAAGAAACAGGAAGGUGGAGAAAGCAAGCGUGAGGGGAAGAGAGAGAUACAGAAACAGAGGAAGGGGGUGCGUGUGAGAAGCAGAGAGGUAGACAGAGAUGAGGAGCCACAUUCACUGUGUCUGUGAGGCUGUGUGUGGCAGAACGCUUCUGAUUAGGAACCACAGAACAAUCAGUGCUGAUAGAAAAAGGACCAACAGGACCUAAUCUGGUACCCUGGAUGACACGCUGGUUCGACAACAUUGUGAUAUUCCACUGCUAGAAUUGACCAUCAUAACCUGGGGCUUCUGGAACGUGAUUUGGAACUUGAAAUAGAGACACAUCGCAGGCUGGUAGGGAAGUCUGAGGACCUUGCCAGCUUCCAGAACCAGACCAGAACCAUGUCGGAGCCCAGCGGGAGGGUCCACUCCAAGAAGGCCGGGAUCAGAGCUGCUGUGAUCCUGAUCGGACUUCUGCACAAGUCCAGACGGGCCAAGGAGAGAGAGAGGGAGAAGGAAAGAGAGACGGAGAGAGAGAAAGAGAGAGAACAGAAGCAGGAACUCCUGACCAUUUCCAAUGUCCCCCUGGGAGACUGCCCCCCCUCUCCCCCCCGCACCGCCCCACCAUCUAUGAAGUCUGCAGAGUUCUUCGACAUGUUGGAGAGGAUGCAGGAUGAUUACAUCCCAUACCCAAGAAUAGAAGACGUCCUUGAGAAGGGGGGGCCGUACCCUCAGGUGAUCCUUCCCCAGUUCGGGGGCUACUGGAUUGAGGAUGCCGAGGCCGCUGCGGGCACCCCCACCUCGUCAGAGAGCAGCUUCUGUGAGGACGACGACGGGGGGGGCAUGAGUCCUGGGGGGGGCUUCGGCUUCCGCCUGGAGUGUAACAGCACAGCCAGGGCUUUCCGCAAACAUUUCCUUGGCAGGGAGCAUAUUAACUACUACUGUACAGGCAGCAGCCUGGGGAAUCUGAUCAUGUCCUUGAAGCAUGAGGAGGCUGAAGGACAGGAGUUCCUACGCAUCAUUCUCAGGUCCCGGACCAAAACCCACCAUGACCGGAUCUCUUUGGCCGGGCUCAGCCAGCUCCCUAGCGUCCCCCAGAUUGCCAAGCUGCUGUGUGAUGACGUCACAGGACUGAAGUUUAAUCCUGCCCUCUACCCCCGGGGUUCCCAGCUUGUAGUGGCCUACGACGAGCACGAGGUGAACAAUACCUUCAAGUUUGGCGUAAUCUACCAGAAGUUCGGACAGACGUCGGAGGAGGAGUUGUUUGGGAACAGCGAGGAGACUCCAGCCUUCAGAGAGUUCCUUAGUGUUCUUGGAGACAACAUCGAGUUGCACGAUUUCAAAGGGUUCCGAGGUGGUCUGGACGUGUCUCACGGCCAGACGGGUUCAGAGUCCGUCUACACGGUGUUCCGUCAGAGAGAGAUCAUGUUCCACGUCUCAACCAAGCUACCCUUCACCGAAGGGGACAUACAGCAGCUCCAAAGGAAGAGGCACAUAGGAAAUGACAUUGUGGCGGCCGUCUUCCAGGAAGAGGCCACGCCCUUUGUGCCGGACACGAUCGCCUCCAACUUCCUGCAUGCAUAUGUGCUGGUUCAGGCAGAAAACCCCUGCACAGAACAUACAACCUACAAGGUGUCUGUUACAGCGAGGGAGGACGUUCCUACUUUUGGCCCACCUCUCCCCAACCCAGCAGUUUUCAAGAAGGGCCCUGAGUUCCGCGACUUCCUGCUGACAAAGCUGAUCAAUGCUGAGAACGCCUGCUACAAGUCUGACAAGUUCGCCAAGCUGGAGGGACGAACACGAGCUGCAUUGCUGGAUAACCUGCAUGACGAGUUGCACAGACAAACCCAGGCUACUCUGGGGCUGGGCCAGGCGGGGGAAGAGGACAGGUUGGAGAACGGAGGACACGGGGGACUGCUGGAGUCCUUCAAGAGGGCCAUGCGCGUGAGGAGCCACUCCAUGGAGACCAUGGUGGGCUCCCAUCGUCACGUAGCCCCGGAGGGGGGGGUCCCAGCCAGCCUCAGUGGAGGGGGGCUCCCACAAAGCUCCAGCGAGUGCACCAAGAGCACCUUCACGGUCAGUCAGCCUCCAGGGCUGUCUGCCAAGUCUCCCAUGAAGAGUCCGGUCAAGCGUCGCUCUGGCCUCUUCCCCCGCCUCCACUCCAGCACUGAGAGCCCCACAGAGAGGCACCCACGCAGCGAGGCAAAGACACCAGAAAUCUGCCCGCUGUCACAGGAAAUGCGAUCGGAGACAUCUUCGAACCCAAGCUCACCAGAGAUCUGUCCCAACAAGGAGAGGCCGUUUGUCAAGCUGAAGGAGUUUAGCAGCAGCAGCAGCAGCAGACCCAACAUCUCCCGCUCCUCCUCCUCCACCAGCAGCUUCAGCAGCACCACGGGAGAGACAGAGGCCCUGGAGGAGCUGGAAACAUCGGCCAGUCACCUUGCCAACGCCUCCUCAUCCAUCUUCAACCCAUCUCUCAGUGUUGAGAGCCAAAGCUCUGGAACCCCAGUGAUCAUGUGCCGCAGUCCUACUGAUGUGAAGACUAAAACAUCGCCCAGGUCAAAUUUGAAGUUCCGCUUCGACAAGCUGAGCCACUCCUCUACAUCAGAGUAACCGGACAAGAGCCUGGUGAUAACAAACAUACUGGAAAUGGUGGUUGAUGGAGAAACAAAACACCAAUAACUGCAAAA